CUGGGAUUGGCCAAUCCUGGAGCACUUGACACGGCCACACAACAAAUGUACGAUUACGUCCAGGGAAAAGCUUAGUUUCACGGAUCUGCAUUCUUCCGAGUGACGCACGAAGUUUCUACAGCUUCUGCUACAUCUACCGGUACUCAUGGCGUCCGUGUAUAGUAAAGUAAUGGAUUUUUGGGGAGGAAACAUCUCCUAGAAGAUGUGAGCCCGGGAGAAUCCUGCAUUGGACAAUGAGGGUUGAGGCACGGCUUGACGGGCUGUCGUGGAGCGGUGGUGGCGGUGAGCGGUGGGGUGUUGUCUGCAUACCUGACAAACUCGUGUUCUGCAAGAUGACGUGCCUUGCAGAUAUAAGUUCUGACAAAGCCACUACCACCACCACCACCACCACCACCACCAUGACCCUCCCUGAGGAAGCGGCGGGGGCGGUAGGCUUCAAGGAGCAACUUUAUGUCUUCCCCAGCUCCCCAGGCAGCUCACGCCACGCUUCACACCUCUCCCUGCGCCUCACAGCACCACACGGGCCGCCCCGACCAACAAGUUCCCUGAAAUGUAGGAAUGAGACGACUCACUUGCCACCAGCCUGUAAGGAGCCAAGAGAACGGCCCUGCAGUUUGGCUGAAAGAGACUGCAGUAGGUUUGGCGCAGGCAGCCUUGUAUGGAUAUCAGGCGGGCGGAGGGAGAGAGGGAGAGGCAGCUGGGGACCCCACGAGGUGCUGCCGCCGGUGUCAUACUCGUCAAUUACAACACGAGGUGGCUUCACCACAUCUGGACGACCACACUUCCCUGGACACCUGGAUGGCUUGUGGCUUGUGACGAGGCCCUAAGAGGAGGAGGAGGGACGCCUGGAAUGCUUGAAAGAACUCAUCCAAUUAGUCUGCCUUGCUGUGCCUGCAGAAGUGGUGUCCAGCAGCCGUACUCGCCGCCGCACGCCGCUCGAGCCUCCUCCGUCGAGAGUCUCAUCGAGGGAUCCUGACGUAGCGGGUCCAGCCACGCGAGGAUGGGGAGCGUCUUUCCGCGGCAUCAGAUUGCUAGUUCUUGCCUCAGGACUCUUGCGUGUGCCAGGACAGGUGAGGGAGACGCCAGGGCAAGUGAGGAAGGCGCCGGGACAGGUGAGGAAGGCGCCAGGACAGGUGACCAAUGGCGGGACAGUGGCCAUGAACACCCAGCCACCUGUACUCCCAGGAGAGGUGUGGUGAUCCCACACCAGUGAGGUAUUACGAAUGAAGAAAAAACGAAAAGAAAAAAAAAUGAAGAAAAAACGAAAAGAAAAAAAAAUAAGAAAAAAAUAAAUAAGAAAAAAAUAAAAGACAAGAGAUGUUUUCAGAGUUAUUAGAGUUAUUCUGUCUUAAGUAAGAGGAAUAAGAAAUGGAGAAGACGGAUAAAAAAAGACGGAUGAAAUAGAGAAACGAGCCGGUCACCGUCAUCCGCUGACCGGAACCGGGAUUCACACCUAAAAUUGGAGAAAUUCACUUAUACGCAGUACCUACGCAGGACAUAACAAACCGCUUGGGCAUGUAGAAGAUAAGACAGAGAACGCGAUAUAUCGCAAGGGACAUACAUAGCCUGGCUGAGAUUCCAGAGGGUCUGACCAGAGAUGGACAGAGAGGCUGACGAAAUCGGACGCUGACGAAAGUCCAGGAGAGUCGGAAAAGUGUAAUGCAGGAACUGUCACAGUCACAGGAUGAUUCUGAAAAUUUGCCAGUAUAGUCUUUGGUAUUUCAUUGGUAUUUCAUUGGCAUUAAAUACCAAAUCCAUCCAUGCAAUUUUAAUUGGCAUUAAAUACCAAAUCCAUGCAAGAUCUCGGUCCACGACACGUGUACUCCAUUCGUAACUGCCUAUAUGUUUUUCUCAUUAUAUAACUAUGCAUGUGUUUUUGUGGUCUCAUUUAUUAUAAUAAUAGUGUUUUUGUGGUCUUUAGUGGUUUUUUGUGCACUCCAACAAAACUGGUUCAUUCUCUCACUCAAAAUACUUGGAAGAGUCUCCGGAGAAUAACACGAAGCUUUUUCAGAUUUUCUUUUAUUAAAAAAAUAAAAUAAAAACAAACAAUAAUUAGGGAGUCUGGGACUUAAAACGCUGCUGCUCAUAAACCGACUACACUAUCAGCUCACGAGUCUAACACACACCGUUCAUUUAAUAUUUCUAAUACUUGAAGCAGGCAACUGGAUGUAGUAUUGCAGCAUGACGGCGCUGCCAGCCGUCACCGACCACGUCACUCUACACCAUCACCAUGUCGCUCCUGUGAACAAUAAUUCAUAAAAAAAAUAAAAAAUGCUAUGAAAUAUCGACAUCCAAAUGAAAUUUUAAAAUCUAUCAAAACACUAGCAUUUUGUGCUAUAUUUAUAAAUAUAGCACAAAUAAUAAUGCAUGUACACAAGGGAAA